AUGGUGAAAGACCUUAAGAGAAAAUAUAGCUUGAAUAUGUUAGGCUUGGUAGAGACUAAAAGACAAUUAGUGACAAGAUUUAAUAUUUUGAAAAUUUGGGGAAAUGGUUGUGUGGGGUGGGAGUAUGUUGGGUCUGACAGUGCAUCUGGCCAGUCGUUGUUAAUGUGGGAUGAUGGUUUCUUUAAAAUGAGAAAUUGCUAUAAAGUUGAGAGAUGGUUGUGUGUUGAAGGGAUUUUGUCGGAGACUUCUAUUAAUUGUGCUUUUUUCUUGGUCUAUGGUGCACAUACUAGAGAUGAGAAACUUGUUGUGUGGAAGGAGUUGAGUUACGUGGCUGGCUUGUUUCAAAGACCCAGCUAUUUUUUGGGGGACUUUAAUGAGAUUACACAGGUGGAGGAAAGGCGAGGCUCUGAUGGCUUACCUUCAACGACGCAAGAUUUUAAGGACUGGAUAAACGACAUGGGUUUGGUGGAGUUACCGAUUACUGACCGUAAGUUUACAUGGUUCAGAGGACGUUCAUGUAGCCGUAUUGAUAGAGCUCUGGUUAGCUUGGAAUGGCUAGAGGCAUUUCCGGAGACUCGCUUAAGAGGUGGUUCACGGGGUUUGUCUGAUCACUACUCGAUUAUAGUGGAGGAUAAGAGGCAAAGGAAUGGACCAAGGCCGUUCCGAAGUCUAGAUUUAUAG